AGCUCGGCUGGACACCAGAAACUUGUCUGCAGAGCCGUGGCUGCCCCUUCCUUCUUCCUUACUCCACACCUCAUCUCACCUCACCUCACAAAUAGGAACUGGCAUCCUAUCCAUCUUGUAAAAAAAUUUUCUCUCUCUAAACUAUCUCUUAAUUAUUAUUUAUACCAUUCUGCAUUCUAUUUUGCAUAUCUAGCAAGCUGCAUCCUUCAACACAACUUUUACCACAGUUCUUACCACGCACAAGGCGAGCAACAACAACACAAACAUGCCCAAGGCGAUAGUCCGUAUUCCCAACCACGGCGCUGUAUCAGCGGCCAGCGAACGGUCAAACUGCGGACUCGGCGAAAGCCUGUCUAGCGGGUUUACCAACAUCGGUGGAAUCCACAUGGGCCACUCCGAUCUGCCUCCUCGCAAGCGGGUAUUCGAAAGCACGGAGAACGUUCCGCCACAUUUUGUUUUGGAUGGCGCCGGACCCAAGCCCUCGGGCCCAGUCUCGGAUAAACCCAGCGUGUCGCUGCUAGACCUAGCCGCACAGCAGCAAACACAGAGCCAUCGAAAGCGCCGCUGCACGGCCAUCACGGCCAGCUCGCCCGGCGGACACCAAAACACAGUGACCAACCCGCGGCGCAUGGCACAAUACUCUGACAGCUCCAUUUUGCGCAGCAUUCCUCUUGCCUACCUGGGCGAGAUGAAUAAUAAGAGCCAGCAGAGGGCGACUGGCAAUCCACCCCUCAUUUCCACAAACCCGCCGCAAAAACACACAAACAUGCGCGGUCAUCUCACUCAUCCGCCUCAGCGGGUUGUGCAGAACCCCCGCCAAAAUGGCUUGGUUGUGAGACAACCGCCCACACUACAUCAGACAAUAGGUGCAGGCAGCGCAAGUAGCAGCAAUAAUGGCGCCGCAGGGCUUAGACGGAUGCCGAAACGCAACUUAAAGCCACUUGAUUUUUCGAGCCUUCACCGCCCUGGUGGCCAGUCUAGCCAAUCUGUUGGCGCAGUUCCGUUGUCUGGCGAUGGUACUGCCCCUACUGCCCUUACUAACGUUGCUGCUGGUGAUUUUACUGCUUUUGCAAACAAGUACACCGGGGCACAUUCUGCAGCGCUCGCGUCGGGUUGCGCAGCUGCUGAUGCUACCGGAGCUCGCGUCGUCUUGCUACCUGUCUCUCCCGCACAAUCAUCUCCGAUUUCCACGCUGCCUUUCGAUCCAGCGGGCCGUUCGGGACUGUCGCCAGAACCUACGUCAUGUAAGGAUAGCAGCGCUGUAACCGCGACUGCAUCUGCUGGCGCGCCCUGCUCGACCCAGCCGACACCACCAUACACGGGGCACCGGAAGCAUUCUGCCUUUUCUGGGCUUCUGGCCUCGGCGUAUGAGCGCGCAUCUGGCAAGCGCUCGUCCAAACGGGCCCUCAACUUUGGUAGCAACUCAUCAUUCGAGGACGAGGAGUCCUUGCAGGCGUGCGAUCCGGUGCUCGGCCCACGGUGCCCGGUGAUUGGCAACCCACGGGGGCUGUUCAACAAGCAAAAGAUGGAAAUCGACAGUUUGAAGAGCGAGCAAGCUGAUCACUCUGAGAUAAAGCUUUCCAACAUGGCGCACAAGGCACAUAGGACACAGGGGGCGCUUGAGGCCGCAGUCACUCAGAAUAAGCCGCGCGGACGCCCUCCAGGCAAGAAGACUGCGAAGGGUCUGCAGCAGUCAGCACUUUCAUCUGCGUUGGGCAGCGCAUCUGGCAGCAAGCGUGCGGUUUCGGUAUGCAAAUACUGCAAUAAGCAGUACAAAUAUCAGUCCAAGCUGGCCUCGCACGAGCAGCACUGCUCUUCUCGCCUUGAGGCACUGCUGUAUUCAGCGGAUGAGAACGAGCACCACAUUAUUCACUGCGUGUGCGGGCCUCGCCACGAUCGGCCGACAGGCGAGCGCGACGAGCUGCCAAUGGUGCAGUGCGACAAUUGCCAGCUGUGGCUGCACAUCGAGUGCAUGGGCGUAGACGAGGACAACUUGCCCGAUGAGUUCUAUUGCCCACGCUGCGACGCUGCUGGCUCCAGCGCCGAAAACGACAACGACAACGACGACGAUAUAUCUUGCCCAUCUACGCCCAAGCGUCGGCAUAUUGGAGGCGGCGGCAGCGAGUCUGCUAAGAUCAUGUCGCCAGAGUCAGACCGGCUUGCCAACCUGCUAGCUGGUGUGCCCAACGAUGGCUCCGAAACGGAUGAGGAGCCGAUGUACCUCCAUGCCAAGGGCGGCAAGACUCAGCGGUACAAUUACAAUGAUCCACCGAGCACCGACGAGACAGUAUCGAUUCUGGACGCCGCCGAGGUUGCGCGCUUCCACCGCCAGGGCAGUGCCCUAAAGCGCUGCUACUCGCCCGUCUCUCUCCGCUUGGCGCAGAGCGAGACCAACAAGUCGCCCGCGCUCUCGCCGUCCCGGCGCCGCCGCAUUCGCAAGUCCAAGAGCGGACCACACAAGGCCUUGUACACGGAUGUUGUGUCCUCGGACUUUUUGGGCUUGCCCCUUCCAGAGACAAUAUUCACUGUGAAGCCUAGCGCCAUUGGCACGACGCUAUCCGUUGGGCAGGACAUGUACAUGCAGCAGCAGUCGAUGGACGACAUGUCGCAAUUCCUUUUGGACCCGCAGCCGCAGUGGUCGCUGGCGCAGCUGUCCAACAUGCUUGGUGGCGCGGGUGGCGAUACCGGUGACAUGCUUGGCGGUGACAGCAGCUUUUACUUUGACCAGGCGCUCGCUGAUCUGGGCUUUGGGCUUGGCCCCGAAAGCAGCGGAAACAUGGGCGGCGAUGUCAACGGUCCGAUCCUCGGCAGCGGCGCGGGAGAAACACCACUGAGCGAGCUUGUCGAUCUUCCUGUCGACAACGAGUUUUCGGCACUUCUUGAUUCGAUUGCCAGCGGCAGUCCGGGCGCUGACAACGGAUUUGGCUGCUUGCUCACCGACGAGCUGAUGCUUGAGCUAAACACAACCAUGGCACCUGUCAGCACUCCGGUUGGGCAGGGCGCGGGUGCCUCACGCAUAUUUGGAUCGCGCAUCAACGGCACUACUCGCGACAUUGGCCACGGGUCGUCGUCUACCAUCACACUGAUGCACGAUAACAGCAGUGCUCUUGGCAGCCGAAACAACAGCGGCAGCGGCAGCACGGCACCCAGCAUGUCGGCAGCAAUGUCGCGCGCCAUGCCAUUGUCGGUCAGGCCGCCUUCUGGCAUGUCUGGCUUGGGCCGCGGUCACACCAAUUGCAGUGCUGGUUCCAAGCGGGGCAUACAGUCGGGCGCAAACCAGCAACAGAUGGCGCCGUACAGCGGCAGCGUCCUCAGCUCGGACAGCCUGCUGAAUCUCGGCCAGCCUUCGACCAGCAUGCUUGUGCACCCGUCUGCGUCCAUUGCGAUGAACAUGCCGUUGACCGCCCCGGCCUCUACUAGGCUGGACCACUUGGUUGUCGGGCAGCUUUUGGGCUCAGCACAGCUUCUCGACUGGCAGACCGAUGGCGACGCACUGGAGCAGGAGCUCGAAGGUCUCAUCAAUUUCGAUGCCUAACUUUUAUCACGAAAAUUUUUUUGAACUUUUUUUAAUUUAUUUGCUUUUAUCAAAC